AUGGACAUCAACUGGUUCCGCUGCCCCGACUGCUCCCUCGUCCUCACCCCGCCCGUCUUUCAGACCGAUUUCAUCAUCUCGUACGUCAUGCAGUGCAAGGAGGGGCACCUGGCCUGCGACGGCUGCCGCGCCGGAAAGUGCCAGAGGUGCAACGGCACAUUCAACACCCGGAACAAGGUGGUGGAGCACAUCAUCUCCGUGUCCAAGUUCAAGUGCCCCUUCACCGGCUGCCACGGCUUCUUCCCCUUCCGCGACCUGCGCGCCCACCGCGAGGCGUGCCUCCACGCGCCCUGCUUCUGCGCCGAGCCUGGGUGCACCUUCGCGGCCCCGCCGCCCACGCUCCUCCGGCACCUCGUCGUCGACCACUUAUGGCCCGCGCACCCUGUCGUCUACGGCCAAGUCCUCCGGCUCCGCGCGCCCCUGUUGGAGCCGCGCCGCCUGCUGCACGCCAAGGAGGACGGCGGUGUGUUCGUUGUGGUCAUCGGCGCGCUAGGCGCAGUCACCGCCGUGUCGGUGGUGUGCGUCAGGAAGGCGGGCGGCCCGUCCCAGCCGUGUUACACGGCCGAGCUGCGCGCCAGCGACCCGCCGCUGCCGGGCGCGGGUGCAGCCAGCAUGAUCAGGAUGCCAAUGGAGACGGUGACGAGCACCGACAGGCCCGGCGAGGUCUCCGUGGAGAAGCUGCCUUGGGUUAUGUCAGUACCGUCGACGUAUCUGCUGGCCGGUGUUGAUGGUGAUGGGGCGUCAAAAAAGCUGCACCUGAAGAUCCAGAUUAAGAAAAUUUCCUGAUUUUGGUGAACAUGCAUCAUGGAUUGUAAUAUGAUCCAUGUGGUAAGUUGUAGUCAACCGAAUUCUACGGUUUGUCAUGGCACUGUUGGACAA